ACCGAUAGGCGAACGGGCGCAGCACAGCCGAUGACCAGCAGAUUGCUUAUUAUUGUUUACAAAACGCGCAAUUCCCGUCAAAAAAGGCAGAUAAAACAGUGAUAAAAGUCGCGCAGCGAGUGGGAAAAUGCAGCUGAAGGCCUGCUAAGACAAGCAGCAUUUGCUGCUCGAAGGCAGUGGAUGCAGAAAGUGUUUUCCACCCCGCCCAACCACUUGUUGUUGUUGGACUUUGCCGCCGCCCCAUAUAACACCAUCCAUUAUCCACUAUCCAUUAAGCUCGCAAGAUUUCUCAUUCGAUGUCGAGUGGAUCCGGAAUCGGGGCAAUCAAGGCUGUUCACCUAUAUCACAAUUCGGGGAUUUCGACGUAAGCUGUCACACAUUGUCAAAUUCUCAUUCCGGAACUUGGAAACGUCGUAACGCCAGUAAUCUCGAAUCUGAACAAAUAUUCAGCAGCACAUUAAAAAGCCAGCACUAGCCCAUAUCUCGAAUCAAGUUGGUGAUUACCGACUGUUCAGUUUAUUGCCCGCCGUCAAGUGUCCAGCAGUUGAAUCCACUCUCCGAAAGAUUGCGCUAAUGUCUCGAAUCGACAUUGACCUCAUGCAAAUGGCUAUAUCGGGGUCUAAGGUUAAAAUAUAAUGAGGAAAACUCGUUCAAAUUUCAUGCCAGAUCUACAUUCCACAAUGGCAGGGCAGAGCAAGCUGAUCAACCCACUGUCCAUCACCUGCAAGGAGUUCCAGCAUCCAUGGACGGACCACUGCAUCAGCGCCACCGCAGGAAUCCUGCUCUCGACCACACCCUACUGCUUAAGGGUAUACACAAUAGUGUACGCUUUGUCGCUUCUGAUGCGCCACCGCAUUCCCAGUCGCGAGGAUCUGCGCAAGACACUGCUCGGCAUCAUCCAGUCGACGGCCUUCCUGGUGACCAACGCCUACACCUUCAUCCUAUACAACUGCGCACUGCGGCACUUGAUGGGCAGCUAUCACUUCUCCACGGUGGCCUUUGUUCCAUGCUUUUUCGCCUCGUUUUCGGCCAUUCUGGUGGAGCGACCUGCCCGCCGUCCGCUGCUCACUCUUUACGUGGCCAAUGUGGCCACGGAAACGCUCUGGAAGAUGGCCGAAUCGAGGGGCUGGGUGCGUUCCAUACCGAAUGGACAGACACUCAUCUUCGGGCUGAGCAUGUCGGCGCUGCUUUACCUGUAUCGAACUGGUGCCGCCAAGGAUUCCAUCUUCAACAUUCUGCGCAUCUUCGUGGGCAAGGAGGAGGCGGGACCGCUGGCCAAGCCAGAUACAGCAGUUUCUGGCGAGCAGCCCGCUCCCACCCGGCGACGUCCCACCGUUAGCUUCUCCUCUGUCUCUGACUUUGUGCGCGUCUACAGCAGCCUGAUCCGCGCCAAACACGAUAGCUGUCGGCACCAGCAGAGCUGCAUCGGCUACUCACUGAUCGGUGGCAUCAAACCCUUCGUGGGAGGAGUGGCACUUCAGGUGGCUCUGAAGCUGGUGAUGAACGUGAAACGAAUCACUGAUGAGAAGAUGGCCUGGAAGAAGCAGAUUUUCAACCGUGGCACCCUGCAGCUGGGCAUCUUCAUGGGCAGCUUUUCGUUCCUCUAUAAGGCGGUGUCCUGCUUGCUGCGGCACAGUUUCAAUCGGGAUGAUGCCAGAUUUGCCAUUCCAGCCUCAUUGAUAGCCUCCGCGGCCUUCACUCAAUAUCCUGAUAACACGGUGGCCUUGUAUGUCAUGUGGAAGGCGCUGCAGAUCCUGUGCACUAUGGGUCAGGAGCGAGGCAUUCUGCCGCGCGUUCCCCACUUCAUGCUGUUCCUGUACUCCUUCUUCACGGCUGUGCUCUUCCACGCGGGCAUCCUGGAGCCCAAGAACCUGCGUCCCAGCUACUUUAAGUUUCUGCAGGCCAUCUCGGGCGAUCGACUAACCAAAUUUAAUCUGAGCGCCUUUGAUGUUUUUGGACUGAGCAGUCAGCAGCAGGCGUGGGACACCAUGAAAAAACUAAACAUUGUGGAGAAGUCAGCGCUGCCCGCCUUCGCAUUUGCCUCCUGAGUCAACAGUAGCGGAAUUGUGCUUCCCCGGAGGCCCCAUUAUAUCUCCAUAUAUCCGUGUUUUACAGCGAUUUGUAUAUACGUCAAGAGUCUCCCGCGCUCAAAGAGCGGCCAACGAUUGCUAGCCUAAGCUAGUAUGGGUGGAAUUGUAAAUUAUGUUUUAUUACUUGGUACCAAUAAAUCUUACAAAAAUGUAAAUCACAAGAA